CGUGGGGCUGAGGCUGCAGGUAGCCGGGUGGGCCAUGUCCGGGGCCGCAGCGGGCGGCAGAGGCGGAGGUUCCUGGGGGCCGGGGCGCGGAGGGGCGGGGGGUCUCCGGCGGGGAUGCUCUCCACCGGCGCCCGCUGGCUCCCCCCGGGCCGGGCUGCAGCCACUCAGGGCUACAGUCCCCUUCCAGCUGCAGCAGCCGCACCAGCGCCGGGACGGGGGUGGCCGCGCAGCCAGUGUCCCAUGUUCGGUGGCCCCAGAAAAGUCAGUGUGUAGGCCUCAGCCACCCCAGGUUCGGCGUACUUUCUCCCUGGACACCGUCCUCAGUUCCUACCUUCUGGGCCAGUGGCCACGAGAUGCUGAUGGGGCCUUCACCUGCUGUACCAAUGACAAGGCCACCCAGGUGGAAAUGCAGGAAAAGAACACCCUCCAUCCCUCCAUUCUGAGUACCAGGACAAGACGGGGUGUGGCAGCUCUUUCUAUGCGUGUAUCGUCUGCCCACACACCCCUAUCCUGGCAAGAGCCGGAAGGUGAGCGGGCCAGCUUCUGCAUGCACAAGCGAUCAGCGUCCUGGGGCAGUACUGACCAUCGAAAAGAGAUCACCAAGUUGAAGCAACAGCUGCAGAGGACAAAGCUGAGCCGCAGUGGGAAGGAGAAGGAACGGAGCUCCCCUGUCCAAGGGGACCACGCUGUACGGGGAGCCGUGAGGGCAUCCCUUCCCAGCUUCCCCCCAGGAUCCCCUGUCCUGCGACUCAGCCCUUGCCUGCACAGAAGUCUAGAAGGGCUCAACCAGGAGCUGGAAGAGGUGUUUGUGAAGGAGCAGGGUGAAGAGGAGCUGCUGAGGAUACUUGAGGUCCCUGAUGGGCACCGUGCCCCAGCUCCUCCACAGAAUAACAACUGUGACCAUCCCCUCCUCCUCCUGGAGCCAGGCAACAUGACUAGCUCUCCCUCUGUGCCACUGGCAUCCCCCCAGCCUCCUGGCCAGGCCAGCCGUGAGGAGCAGCAGGGUGCCACUGAGGAGCUGACAUCCAUCCCCAGUGACAAAGCCUCCUCUCCAGGCCACCCAGCCUUCCUAGAAGAUGGCAGUCCAUCUCCAGUCCUUGCCUUUGCUGCCUCUCCUCGGCCCAAUCACAGCUAUGUCUUCAAACGGGAGCCCCCAGAAGGCUGUGAGAGAGUGCGUGUGUUUGAGGAGGCCACGUCCCCAGGUCCUGACUUGGCCUUCUUGACUUCCUGUCCUGAUAAGAACAAAGUCCAUUUCAACCCAACUGGCUCAGCCUUCUGCCCUGUCAGCUUGAUCAAGCCCCUCUUCCCCAGCAUGGGCUUCAUCUUCCGGAACUGCCCUUCCAGCCCUGGCUCUCCUCUUCCUCCUGCCAGUCCCAGGGCACCACCUCGGAAGGAUCCAGAAGCUUCCAAGGCCUCCUCACUGCCAUUUGAGCCAUGGCAGCGCACCCCACCAUCAGAAGAGUCCGUGCUUUUCCAGAGCUCCUUGGUAGUCUGAGCCCCCGACCCCUGCACACACUUUUAUCAUGGAGACCAGUGCCUUGGUGGCAAGCUCCUCAUUAGCUUCCCAAGCUGGGGAUGGAGGAGCCCUUCCCUCUUGGCCUUUGAGCACUUUCAUUUAUUGUGUCAAAGCCCCACGUCCUUUGGUGGACGUCAGCCCCUCCAAAGGGAGGAGACUUACCUUCUCCACUAGCAGCUAGGCAGCUCACAACUUACACUUGUGUACCUGCGGCUUCCCUCACUUGCUAGGAGGUCUUGAGUCUUCUAGCCCAGGGUGUGCGUUCAGAUGACUGACGAAAGGCUCUUGUUGUGGAACAAGCUGUCUGUGAGUGAGAGAGGGAGAUGCCACAGACUCCUUACAGCCCCACCUCUAGAGACAGAGGAGAUCAGACCCGACACCUCCCUCCUAGAGGAGCUGACCAAAGUGGUCCUCAGGGCCAGAACACUUGACCAAUUCAGCUGUUGGCAGGGGGACCAUGAGAUUUCCCAAGUGGCAUUUUCAUCUCACUUUUACCCUGACUAAAGAUUGUCUUAAGCAGCAUCCCAGCCCCAAGUGGAUAGUGGGAAGAGGGAGAGCUGGCAUUCCUGCAGGUGGCACAUGGUGGCUCCAUACCCUCCACCUGCCCCAGGGUUGGGGUGGAUUAGAAAAAUGCCUAUUUUUCUUGUAUCGAUGUAGAAACUCUAUUUUCUCCCAAAGACACUAUUUUUGCAGCUAUUUGAAGUUUGUAUAUUUUCUGUACUGCAGAGCUUACACAAAAUUGAAGAAUGUUAAUGUUCAAGUUUUCUUAUCUUGUAUUUAGAAGUUGUUUUUUGCAGAUCUUGAUGUUAAUAGACCAAAUAAAUAAGUACUCCAGCA